AGAAAAAGGCUAUGGGGUUUAUAUUAUGUGCGCCGUAGUCCAUUCUUUUCGUAUCAAUGGUGUCAAAAUGAGUGGUGAUAAUCCAAAAGCACCAGAUUCACCUGAGAAUGAUUUCACCAAGCAAUGGCCUUCGGAGCUCUCCGAGUACCUGAAUUUAGAUGAUGAUCCAUGGUCAUACGAUGACCUCGAGUCAUUUGUUUCAGGGCAUGCUUUCAGCCAUAAGACUGAAGCCAAUGAAGUUGGCGAGCUUGGAGGAAGUAGCACCCACCAUGAAGAGUUUUCAAUCAGAGACGAUGGUAUUAAUGAACACGAGAAGAAGGAAGUGAGAGAUAGAGUUGCGUUCAAAACAAAGUCAGAGAUAGAAAUAAUGGAUGACGGGUUCAAGUGGAGGAAGUACGGAAAGAAGAUGGUGAAAAACAGCCCAAAUCCAAGGAACUACUAUAGGUGUUCAGUGGAAGGAUGUUCAGUGAAGAAGGUAGUUGAAAGGGACAAGGAUGAUCCGAGGUAUGUAAUAACAACCUACGUAGGCACCCAUACUCAUCCGAGUUACAGUUAAGUCGAAGAAGUUGAAGUUUCUGGAGACAUCUAGCCACUGUAGUAGUCUGCAUGUGCUCUUCUCAAGUGUUAUGUGGUAGUGGAAGAUAGUAGAGUUGGUAAUUUUUCAUGAACAAUUGAACUUUAAGGGCUAAUUAAGAUCACAUACCACGACAACUAAAAGGGAACAUGUAGUGAUUUGGUGAAGAUGAAUUAAGGUUGACAACAAUGAGGAGGAUACAAGGAAAAAGGACAGAGAUUUUCCUCAAAAGUUGUACAACCUUUAGUUCUGUAAUCAUUAAUUAUAUUGCCCUUUAUUUUGUAAUUGAAUUUGCUUGGGAAUCAUAAGAAGUACUUCUUUC